AUGUGGCGCACUCCGGCAUGCAUGUUAGCGGCAGAUGGCCUGGCAUCUGGGAAUGGAAAUGGCCCUGGUCUUUGGCCUGGCCCGGCCUCGGGUCCGGCUCCGGGCGCGGUUCCCAGGGCCCUGUCGACGAUGCGUGGUUCGUCUGGGGCUGACGUGACGCCGUCCAGUGUCGACGGCUCUGGCUCAGGCUCGGGCUCUGAUUCGGACUCUGCAGGGCGUGGCUCGGGAGACACACCCCUGGACCAGGAGGCGGGUCAUAGCAUCGAGAAGUGGGCGGGCGUCAUUGAUGAUGCCGGCAUUGGCGUGGACGAGGCUCUUGUGCCUGGGGCUGAUAUUAGAGACGCCUCGUCCACCCAGCAGGUUCUGGACUCGGGAAGCCAGGCAGAAACUCCAAGUGGCAAUGGAGAGCAAGCAAUAAUGGCGUCGAGGGCGUACCAGCUUGAGAUGCUCGAGCAGAGCCUGAGGCAGAAUGUGAUUGUUGCUAUGGACACGGGGAGUGGCAAGACUCAAGUGGCUGUACUUCGUAUCAAGGGAGAAUUGGAGAGAUGCGACCCAAAAAAGAUUAUUUGGUUUAUCACGCCGACUGUGUAUUUGAGUGCACAGCAGCAUACAGUUCUGAAGCUGCAGAUCCCCUCGGUGCCCAUGAAAAUGCUCGCUGGCAACCGCCAUCUACCUGGUUGGGCGCAGGAGACCUGGAAUUCUAUUCUGGAAAACACUCGAGUUAUCAUUACAACGCCCCAGAUUCUGCUGGAUGCUCUCGACCACGCUUACCUUAAGAUGGAACACUUGGCGCUGAUAGUAUUUGAUGAAGUCCAUAAUUGUGUUGGUAAAAACCCUGGCGGCAAGAUCAUGCAGAAUCAUUAUCAUCCAUGCUUGUUGGCUGGCAAGAGCGUGCCAGCAAUCAUGGGCCUGACAGCAACCCCAAGCAUCCAAUCCGAGGCUACAGAUCUCGCAGUCUUGGAGCAGCUGAUGGAUGCAAGAUGCAUCUCCCCCACGCUGCACCGAGACGAGCUCCUCAAAUGCGUCAAGAGACCCAGUAUCCAGCAUAAAGUCUACAUGCCUGCCGAGGAUUACUCCACUCCUGCCAUGGCAUCUCUGGAGAAGGUCUAUGAGGGUCUGGACAUUAACGAAGACCCUUUUGUGCAGUCGCUAAGGGAAAACCUGACGGAUAGGAACGAACGUUUGUUAGAGAAAACUAUAAUGAAACAAGACACCUAUACGCAUAUUCAAAUGAAGACAUUCAAGUCUCAGUCGCAGAGCAUAUGCAAACAGCUGGGUCCUUGGGCUGCUGACCUUUUCAUCUGGAAGAGCAUAUCGUCUUUUCUCGAGAAGGCUGAAACCGGCGACGAGUUUUUCGACCAGUGGUAUCAUUGUCGGAACAGUGAAAAGAAGUAUCUGGCCGACAUUUUUCGUCGAGUCGACGUCAAGCCCCCUCCCAAGGCUCCCCAAGAUCUAAACGACAUUUCAGACAAAGUCCUCAUGCUGUUGGAAGAACUCUUGUCAAUCGAUGAACCAAGCACAAUGGGAAUCAUCUUUGUUGAGGAGCGCGUCAUGGUGAAGAUGCUGGCCGAGCUCCUGUCCAUCAACCCGGCCAUUACGAAGAAAUACAAAGUUGGCACCAUGGUUGGAUCUUCCAACUACUCAUCAAAGCGAAGAAUCGUGUAUGAUUUUGGAGACAAGGGCGAUCUCAAGGCUCUGCAGAAUUUCCGCUCUAGCAAGAUUAACCUACUCAUUGCAACCUCAGUCUUGGAAGAGGGAAUUGACGUCCCUGCCUGCAAUCUAGUCAUCUGCUUUGACGUCCCAAAGACUUCAAAGUCGUUUAUACAGAGGCGCGGACGGGCGCGAAUGAAGGACUCGAGGCUGUUGCUUUUCUUUGACGAGAAUGACGCUUCCUUGAAGAAAUGGGAGGAGAAGGAAGGCGAGAUGAACAGACUCUUUGAAGACGAACAGAGAGACAUGCAGCAAUUGGCGAUGAUUGAAAAAUCUGAGAGCCUAGGCACUAUAUUUUAUAUUCACCCGGUGACUGGGGCGAGGCUCGACUUUGACAAUGCCAAAGCGCACUUGGAGCACUUUUGCAGGGCGUUAUCGCCAGCAGAGUUUGUUGACAGCCGACCAGACUACAUCAUUCACGAAGAGAUGGGUGUGGGUUCUCAUGCUUUGACUGCCACUGUUAUACUUCCACCGUUCAUACCUGUGAAUCCGAGGCAGUACAAGAGUGCGUCUGUGUGGCAAUCAGAAAAGAAUGCUACCAAAGAUGCCGCCUUCCAAGCCUACAUGGCCCUUAACGACGCCGGGCUUUUAAACGAGAAUCUAUUGCCAUUCAAAGCCGAUGAGAUUCCCGGUAUCGAUACCCGAGUGCCUGAGGUGGCUGUUGAGCCCAUGAUGAAGCCAUGGCAUCAUGUUGCUCCUGCGUGGCGAGAGACUGGCGAUAAAUGGCUCUACUCUCUCACUUUAUCUGAAGAAGAUGGCCAGUUGAUUGGCGAAUAUGAGAUUUUGCUGCCUGUAAGGCUUGACCAGCCUCUGCCUCUAGACCUGUUCCUAGACAGAGGCCAUAAGCUGGAGCUGAGAUUCUCUGAAGGAAGGCCAGUGCCGCAUGGCCAGGUUGCGUCUUUGCCAGACCAUACGUCAGCUCUUCUUGCGCUGCAUUUCUGCCACAGGUGGCCCAAAGAGGAACUCCACAACGAAGGACGAGAACACGUGGUGCGAAUUUGGGCCAAGAACGACUCGCCCUCAAUAGACCAGAUUGGUGCAGUUGGAUUUGAGCCGUUCGAAGAGGACCAUAAAAAUGGACAAUAUUUUAUACGAGACAACACCAACUCUCCCUACAUCUACAAGGACAUGAUCGAAAGAAAGCCCCCUAUCGAUCUGGUGCAGAAUGCUUUUUACGGGUUUGAAAAGGCUCCCGAAAAGGGGCCUUAUCUCGUGCUCAAGAAGUGGACGCGGAGAACCGAUUUCCUGCACCGCUUGCAAGGGAAUCCCGAGAAAGAACAAGCUAGCAGCAGGCCUUACUCGCGGGUGUAUCCCAUGGAGUGGGCAGUGGUUGAUACCGUGCCGGCGACGCAUGCCAUGUUUGGCAUGAUAAUACCCACGAUUAUUCAUGAGCUGGGUGUCAUGCUGAUGGCUAAGGAGCUGGCCACGACUGUUCUUGAGCCUGUCGGGAUAUCGGACUGGAGAUUGGUGAGAGAGGCUAUCUGUGCGCGGAGUGCGAACGAGCCGAUGAAUUAUGAGAGACUGGAAUUUAUGGGCGAUUCUAUUCUGAAGCUUUGCACUUGCAUACAAGCUGCUGUUACCAAACCCGAUUGGCCUGAGGGCUACCUUUCUUACUGGAGAGACCGACUGAUUUCUAACGUACGGCUAUACCGGGCAGCAGUUGAAUUUCGACUGCCCAGGUUUCUUGUCACAAAGCCUUUCACAGGUCAUAAGUGGCGUCCUUUGUACUUGGAGGAUGUCCUACAGGAAGAUAUCAAUGCACCUACGACCGAGAGAAGGCUUUCGACUAAAACACUCGCGGAUGUGGUUGAAGCGUUGAUUGGUGCUUCAUACAGCGAGGGAGGUAUUGCCAUGGCAGAGAAAUGCAUUGCCAUGUUUCUGCCGGAGAUCGUAUGGGAUGGCAUGGUCAAAGGCAGAGAGAUUCUCUUCAGUAGGGUGCCGCCAAAUGAGCCUCUUCCGCCGAUUUUGGAGCCCCUGGAGAGGCUGCUUGGGUAUACCUUUCAGCGCAAGGCUCUUUUGACAGAGGCCUUGACGCACGCCUCGUACAUGGCGGAUAAUAUGAUGGACCAUGGCAAGCGAUCCCUUGAAAGGUUGGAAUUCUUGGGCGAUGCUGUUCUUGACCACGUUAUCGUGACCAAGGUCUUUGAAGUGACGCCGGAGCUGCCUCAUUAUACGAUGCAUACGCUGAAGACGGGCUUGGUGAAUGGCGAUUUCCUCGCGUUCAUGACGAUGGAACACGGUUUGAAAUCCGUCGAGACUGUUGUGACGGAGGAAGGCAGCGUGGAACACCAAGAAACGCAUACCUAUCUGUGGCAGUUUAUGCGGCACGCGGCGAAUUCCAUUGGAAUCGAGCAAUUAACGACGGUGACAAGACACGCAGCCCUAAGGGAAAAGAUCCUCGACGCCAUGGAGAACGGCACGCACUAUCCAUGGGCUCUGCUGGCGGCGCUGAACCCGAAGAAGUUUUACUCUGAUUUGUUUGAGGCGGUGCUUGGUGCCGUAUGGGUCGACUCGGGGUCCAUCGAAGCGUGCAGGGCUGUGUGUGCGCAGUUCGGACUGAUGAAGUACCUGGAGCGGCUGCUGCGCGAUAAAGUACAUGUGCAGCAUCCAAAGGAGGAGCUGGGCAAAUGGGCGAACUCGGAGACGGUGGUGUAUGAUUUCCAUACGGAGGAUGUGGUUGAGUUGCCCGGGAAUAAGGAGUUCUUUUGCAAGGUUGUGAUUGGGGAGAGGGUGGUGGUGGAGGCGAGGGGGGGGAUUAACAAGGAGGAGAUUAAGACGAAGGCUGCGACGGAGGCGUUGAAGAUUUUGGUGGAGGAGAAGAGGAGGAGGGAUGAGGCUGAGGCUAGUGGUGAUGUUGUGAUGGGGGAGGGGGAUUGA